CUACAAUUACCACUUCCUAACAAAGAAAAUGUGGAGCUGCUGUGAGUGACACAAAGCAUAAGGAAGAGAAACUAAAGCACACUGCAGAGAGAGCUUCAAUGGAGAAAGAGGUUGUGGAAAGCCUUUGGAAUGGUAACACAGAAAUGCAGAUUCAAGCAGCUGUGGAACUCAGGAAACUCAGCAGAAAGCAGAGGCACAACUUGGUGGAAAGUGGAGUCAUGGUACCUCUAAUUUCCAUGCUUCAUUAUGAAAACUAUGAAGCCAUUGAAGCUGCUCUCUGUGCUCUACUUAGCCUUGCCUUUGGAAGUGAAAGAAACAAGUCAAGGAUCAUCAAGUCAGGAGCAUUGCCAGUGUUGCUGAGUCUCUUCCAUUGCCAAAGCCAAACAGUGGCGGAAUUGACAAUAGCUACAUUGCUAACCAUCUCCUCUUGCAACUCAAACAAGGUAGCAAUUGCUUCCUCUGGGGCCAUCCAACUCUUAGCUCAAUUUCUCAACAGCACAAGUAGUAGCACUCAGUUCCAACUUGACACACUAGCCACUCUCCACAACCUCUCAACAUGCCAGGAGAUUAUUACACCUUUUGUUGUCUCUUCUGGGGUCAUAAUUUCCUUGCUUGAACUUAUCCACACAUCAGAAAAAUCAUCUACGUUGGUUGAGAAAGCAAUUGGGUUGCUAGAACACAUUGUGACUUCAUCAAAGAGUGCACUGUGUGAGGCUGCUAGUAUUGGGGGAGCAGUUAGAACCUUAGUAGAGACUAUUGAAGAUGGGUCACUUCAAAGCAAAGAGCAUGCUGUGGGGACACUCCUCCUUUUUUGCCAAAGCUCAAGAGAAAAAUUUAGAGGAAUGAUAUUGAGAGAGGGAGUGAUGCCAGGGUUGCUUCAGUUAAGUGUGGAUGGAACUUGGAGAGCCAAAAAUUUGGCCAAGAAAUUAUUGCUGCUACUGAGGGAUUGCUCCAAUUAUAGUUCAACUAGUAAUAAACAAAUUAACUAUGAGGUUGUGGAACGGAUCAUGGAAGAAAUUGAUGAUGCUGAAGGGGAGGAAUUGGCUGAGACUACUUUGAGAUUGGUAGAGGAAAUGAUUGCAAAACUUAGUACAUAAUCUUUCAUGUUGACAACAAGACCUUAGGUUUAAGCUCCUAUGUAACACAUCACUUUUUUCUCUUAACAUUUUUAUAUCAAUUAUGUGACUAUUUUGUUUA